GAGGCUGCGCGGCGGGCCGGGCCGAGCCGGAGCAGCGCCCGGCAUGUCGCAAGGGCUCCCGGCUGCCGGCAGCGUCCUGCACAGGAGCGUCUCGGCGCCCGGGAACCAGGCGCGGCCGCAGAGCCCUGAGGAUGACGACAGGAAGGUCCGGAGGAGGGAGAAAAACCGAGUUGCUGCUCAGAGAAGUCGGAAGAAGCAGACCCAGAAGGCUGACAAACUCCACGAGGAGUAUGAGUGCUUGGAGCAAGAAAACACAGUGCUUCGGAGAGAGAUCGGCAAGCUGACGGAGGAGCUGAAGCACCUGAGCGAGGCGCUGAAGGAGCACGAGAAGGUGUGCCCACUGCUGCUGUGCCCCCUGAACUUUGUGCCCUUGCCACGGCCGGACCCUGUGGCCGGCUGCCUGCCCCGGUGAAGCCCAGAGACGGCCCUCCUCGGCUCAGCGAGGAGCCCGACGAGUUGGUAUCUUUCACCCCCACUGGAGGAGGCUUCUCUCCACAUCCGGGCGCCUGGGUCACCUCUUUGGAGCUCCGGGCUCGGUCCUCGGUGGCCCAGGCUCAGCGUGACGCUCCCCCUCCCCGCAGGAGCCUGACUCAGAGCCUGCAGCGGAGCCAGGCCGGAGUCGCUGUGCUUCCGCUUUGUCAGCUAGUACCUUCCUUUGCAGAAUCAUUUC